GAUCUGAAUUGACCGUACAGCCGCAUUCAUUGCGAAGGACAUGACUGCAUACAACUUUCCUCGACUGCAUCAACAGCGUCUUCAGCGCACCCUCAUCUUCGCCUGAAGUCUGCGAGGCUCAGUGCUUCUUGAUCCUGCUCGCGACGCAUCAAUCGGGGGUUACUAAGAGGGUUCUGAAUCAUCCGCGCCGUUUCGGCACCCUCCGAAAGCACUGGGAACUCCCAGACAAAGGAGCUGAGAAACAAUGGCGGAAACCGAGGACGGCCUGAUUUUCAGCCUCGCAGCUUUCGUAUGCGGUCUCUUCAUACUAGACCGGGGAGCCGACAAGUUUGUUGACAGCAGUGCCGUCGUUGCCAAGAGGCUGGGUGUGUCGCCGACCGUGGUCGGCCUUCUCACCUGCGGCACCGAGUGGGAAGAGCUGGUCGUGAUCCUGAUCGCUAUAGGACAACACCAGAGUCCUCUCGCGAUGGGGAACCUGGUAGGCAGUAACAUUGCCAACAUCCUGGGCUCGUUUUCGCUGGGCCUGUUCUUUGCUGGAGAGGACAUGAGGUUCGACCAGAGCUCCAAGAUCUACACUGCCAUCUCGCUCGGUUUGACAUCGGCAUUUCUACUCAUGUCCUACACGCUGCCGUCAGGGCUAAGAUGGCUUGGCGGCAUUGUCUUGAUGGUGGCGUUCGCCAUCUAUCUCGCGUCGGUGACUUGGCUUAUUUACAGAGGAGCACUCGUGGCUCCUGAAGACGUCUCAGAUUAUUCGGGCUCCGAGUCGGACUCAGGUUCUGAAUCAGAUUCAGAGUUGGAAAACGAUUCGAAGAUAGUUCGGGACGCAGGGAACAAGGUGGGCGACGACUGCGAGGCAAUCGAACCUGCUUCAGGUUCUUCCUCUUCCGGGUCAUUGCUAAGAGGGCCGCGGUCCACAACGGCAGACGUGAGGCGCAUGAAGAGGUUUAGGUUGAGCAAGGGCCGGCCCAGACCCAGACCAUUGCGGAAGUAUGUGCUGGAGGUCCUACUCGGACUGGUAUUGAUGCUAAUUUCGGGCUAUGUCAUCGCGAGGUCAGCCAGAACCAUGGGAGACCGCCUUGGGCUAUCCAGUUCGGUGACAGGCGCGACGAUUGUGUCGCUGGCCACCACCAUCCCUGACAAGAUCGUCGCCUUGAAAUCGGGAUUAAGACAUCAGCCUGGGAUACUGGUGGCCAACACCGUUGGAUCGAACAUCUUCUUGACGCUGUGUGGAGGGGGCGUCCUAUUCAUCUGGGCUGGUGGUGACGCAGGAGGAGGAGGGCAAAUAAGCCUGACGGAAGCCAUGGUGAUGUGGGCCUCGGCGGGCUUAUUGCUGGUGGUCGUGCUGGUUGGCGGCAGGCGAUGGACGGGUCUACUACUAUUUGCUGGCUACCUGGGGUUUCUGGGCGUCGAGCUCGUGAACGGUCGUCGGCAGGAUGAUGACUGAAUUACGAAGCACAUGUCGUGUGUGGGUGUGUAUAGAGAUGCCAGCGCCCCUCUGUGGUAGUUGUACCCUAGGGUUCAUCAAUGCUGCCUGGCAGUUUGGGGCCAUCCCUGUGGCUGCGGGUGGAACCCCAGAGCACCACGUCAUAUCUAACUACCAGUAAAUAUUGCUCUAGCACGC